GUGGUAAUGUUCAACCUGGCCUCUGCAGGAGAGGGAUUUAAUCAAGAAGCAGGAGAGUGGAGGACCUUCAGGCUGGGUUCCAGGUGUGGAGCCCUGAGGGCACUGAGGUGUUUGGAAAACGGCAGGAGCGCACCCAGGCUCUGACCUGGAAGGAACAAGCCCCAGAGGGAGUGAGAGCCAGGACCUAAGAGUCCUUUAGCUCCGGGACGGUGUUGGGGCUCUGCCCUGUCAGCAGCGGAGCCCCCGGAGGACUUGUGAGGGGACCGUUGUCUGAAUUCGUGCUCUGCAGGUGAGCACGCUUUCUGUUUCCCGGUAAGAGAGCGAUGGACCAUGGUAAUGACCAGCUGCAUGUGACUGAGCCAGGAUUAACUAUGACAUCCAGCUCCGUGAUUCUGAGACGUGUCACGCCAGGCAGGAGCAGAGUCCCAUGGUAGCCAGGUGGGUGAAGGGGACCGAGGACGUGUCACCUGCCCUGAAGAAGACUCCCUGUGACCUGCCAAGUGGUCUCAAGAGCUUGAUGAUGGACGCCAUUCACAUCAGCAUGUCCGGUGCCCCCCUGGUGAAGCACACUGCCGGGGCUGGACUCAAGGCCAGCAGACCCCGGGUCAUGUCCAAGAGCGGACACAGCAACGUGAGGAUCGACAAGGUGGACGGCAUCUACCUGCUGUACCUGCAGGACCUGUGGACCACUGUCAUCGACAUGAAGUGGAGGUACAAGCUCACCCUGUUUGCUGCCACUUUUGUGAUGACCUGGUUCCUUUUCGGAGUGAUCUACUACGCCAUCGCGUUCAUUCACGGGGACUUAGAAUCCAGGGAGCCCAUCUCCAACCACACCCCCUGCAUCAUGAAGGUGGACUCCCUCACGGGGGCCUUUCUCUUUUCCCUGGAGUCCCAGACCACCAUCGGCUACGGGGUCCGCUCCAUCACAGAGGAAUGCCCGCAUGCCAUUUUCCUGUUGGUGGCUCAACUGGUCAUCACGACCUUGAUUGAGAUCUUCAUCACGGGCACCUUCCUGGCCAAAAUCGCGAGACCCAAAAAGCGGGCCGAGACCAUCAAGUUCAGCCACUGCGCGGUCAUCACCAAGCAGAACGGGAAGCUGUGCUUGGUGAUCCAGGUGGCCAACAUGAGGAAGAGCCUGCUCAUCCAGUGCCAACUCUCUGGCAAGCUCCUCCAGACCCACGUCACCAAGGAGGGGGAGCGGAUCCUCCUCAACCAAGCCACCGUCAAAUUCCACGUGGACUCCUCCUCCGAGAGCCCCUUCCUCAUUUUGCCCAUGACAUUCUACCACGUGCUGGAUGAGACCAGCCCCCUGAGGGACCUGACUCCCCAAAACCUAAAGGAGAAGGAAUUCGAGCUGGUGGUGCUCCUCAACGCCACCGUGGAAUCCACCAGCGCCGUCUGCCAGAGCAGAACGUCUUACAUCCCGGAGGAGAUCCACUGGGGUUUCGAGUUUGUGCCUGUGGUUUCUCUCUCCAAAAAUGGAAAGUACGUGGCCGACUUCAGUCAGUUCGAGCAGAUCCGGAAGAGCCCAGACUGCACCUUCUACUGUGCGGACGCCGAGAAGCAGAAGCUCGAGGAGAAGUACAGGCAGGAGGAUCAGAGGGACCGCGAGCUCAGGAGCCUUUUGUUACAGCAGAGCAACGUCUGACCCGGGGUGGCGCCUGGGCUCCCCUCCAGAGCCUUCCCCACAUCCGGGCUCCCUUCAAACACACGUUUGCUGUGAAAAGGAAAACGUGUGACACACGCCACACACAGUGUGGACAUGCUCAGGCCGCAGCUCCCUUUCAUCUGGAGGCUAAACAAGCGCUUCCCCCUGGACAGGGUUCUUUUGAAGUGCUUCCUUGGAAGUGACCUCUAAGAAUUCAAGUUUUCUGAGAUGGGGAUGCACUUCAAAGAACGGGGUGUAGCGCAAUAGCAAUGACGUCCUGCUAAGUGACAGACAUUGAGCAAUGCCGAUAUUGAAAGGCAGUGCUUUUCUCUACAGGAAUGUCAGCUAGAAUAUGAGGUAUUUAUUUAAUCCAAGUAUCAAAGGCAUUACUGUUGAGGGUUAAAAUGUGGGUCAGUAUUCACUUGUAUUAUUGCUCUAAAAUAUCUUCUUUUUGUCCAAGCAGAGAAAAUGUUAUAUAUAAUGAUGGCUAUCUGGUAAUGCUUCAAGAGGGACUAUACUCACAAAAUACAGCCAUUCCAUAUUUACCAUCUUCAGCAGACUGAAUUGAUCAAAGCAGGAAUUAACAAUUGCAAAAACAUUCCAUGUCCCUAUGUUGUUAUUCCCACUAAAUAUUUUGAUGGGAUGUCUAAGCCCCUUUCUAUUAAAAACAAAAUGUGGUUGAACUGCUGACAGCAUCAUCUAGGGACUUAUGAACAGCACCAACCAACAGGUCAUCGGGUACCAGCUGACCUUGCGGGACUAGUGUCUGUAUCUUAACAGUUCCCCCUGGUGAUGUGUGCUCAGAUGAAAGUUGGAGGUCUCUGCCGUGGCCAGGGUUUCCAAAGUCCCUCUCUGAAUAUCUGUGGAGAACUAACUCUGUGGGUCCCGUGCCUGGCCUCCAGACCCGUCCUCUCGUUAGCUCUUACAGCUGACCAACGUCUCUUUCAGGCGCUUCACCUCUUGCCUAUUAAAAUACCUUGCCCACAAAGGAACUGCGGAGAAUUAUCCACUGAUGUCCACAGAGAGCUCUUGAGACUCGUGGCGUCUCCUCAAGCUCAGAACACAGCUGGAUGAUCAUGGUCACCACAAAGAAAAUAUAAGUCUUAUGGCAAUAUACAACGUUCGCUCAGAGGUGGUAGUUUAUGCGCUUGGGUGGGCUGUGAGAGAGAAGGAGAUGAGGGCAAGCAAUUCAUAAGCAAGAGGACCUCUUGAGCCGGAUGCGGUGGUGCACGCCUAUGAUCCAAGCAGCUUGCGAGACUGAGGCAGGAGGAUCGAAACUCAAAGCCAGCCUCAACAACUUAGUGAGGCCCUAAGCAACUCAGUGAGACCCUGUCUCUAAAUAAAAUACAAAGAAUGGCUGGGGAUGUGGCUCAGUGGUUAAGUGCUCCUUAGUUCAAUCCCUGGUACCCCCCCCCAAAAAAAAAAAAAAAAAAAACUCUCCUUGCAGGAACAAAAUUUGUUAAUCUCAUAACAUGUAAAAAAAAAAAAAAAAAAAACCCUCAGUGUUUAAAUACAUCUCAUACAGCUCAGUGUUACAGAGGUAACAUUUUGCCUCCGGCAAAAUUUAGGAGCCCAGUGCCCUGCAUUUCUUUGGGGAAGAGAGUAAAUGGUCCAGGAUUGAUUAAAUGUGCAAAAGAUGAAUGCUCAUUUUAUUCAAACCAAGACAGAUUUGCAUAUUCAUUCAAGCAGAACACAACUAAGAAUUGGAGAACAGUGCACACACCCACGUGAGCCCCCAGGCACGUGCACACACGCGCACACACGUAAGCCUAGCUGGCUCUUCAGGCAGGCUCAUGGAGUCACGCACGAAAGACAUUUGCCAUUGAGACCCAGUUCUCCACCAUCAUGCUCACGUGUGCUUCAUCCUGUGAGAGUAUAAACAUUGGGACUCACAGAACCUGGCGACAGCAAGCUAGCCUCGAAUGGUCCGGGAAGUGGUGACUUGCACUGCACCACAUCUCCUCAUGGCUUCAUGUUACCACACUUGCAAGUGUCUUUGCUGAAACACAAACGUGUAAAUAAUGUCUCCAGCCUGGGACUGAACUAACCUAUUGCAAAUGUGAGAGUAGCACAGGCAAAGUUUGUAAAGAUUUGAAGAAAAAUCUCAACCCAAAUGAGAGGAGGAUUUUGUCUUUAAUUAUUCAGGAGGUUUUUUUUUUCCUUCUUUCUUUUUCUGUUGAUAAUUUCAUGGCAGUGUGCUUUAGACCUCCAUUCUUUUAAAAAAUAGUACAUGUUACUGUAGUUAGACAUUAGCCCUUCUAGAUAUCGUAUUCAUUUAUCUUUAUUGUAUAUGGUGGUAUAAUCAACAGGGAAAUAAUGCCAAAGGCACGUUUACAGAUUUUUUUUGGUUGCACUAUUAAAUUCUUUUUGAAGUAUUUACAUCAAUACUAUUCUGAAUGUGAUCAAAAUUAGGAUGCUAGCUUAUCUAUAUUGUAUGUGGUACAUAUACAUAAGCAUAGGAUUCAGAGAACUUUUGUGUGUUCACUUAGCAUAUCCUAUUAGCCAGAUUUGGAAGACUUGAUAACCUGAUCUUUUGCACUACAUACAAAACUACAUGUGGUAUCUUAAAAGCCAACACACGUGUAAGUCAACAAAUCACAAUAUGAUGCUCAAUAAGUAGUUCUAAAGUUGUGUCUGGAUUGAAACCUGUUGUUUUCCUGACACACCUGAGUGUUAUUACUUCAUACUGUAAAUAUGCUAACAAGGAGUUCAGGUAGCCGUUUGUUUGAUAAUACCCUGGACAGUCCACAGAUUGAAACAGAUUCCGGCUAAAUAUCCAACUAAGGAGUCACAUCUGCUGGGUUAGAUUUGACCCGACCAACCUCUUGCAUUGUGAAACAUGUCCAACGCAUUAGGCCUUGUUGGUGAGCCCAUUUGAAAACGUUGUGCUCCAUCUGGGAACCUGCAAAGUCAACAGCAGUAGUAUCCACGAGACCCAAGUCUUCUUCCAGGAACAAAACAGACCCUACUAACAUGGCACCUUAGCCAGCGGCCCCAGAGAGCACAGCCAGAGUCAGCUUACAGAUCUCCCCGUGAGCCACUGCCGGGCUUGGGGAGGCACACUGGGUCCCUGUUUCACUCAUGGGGAAAUGAUAACACGAGUUACAGUUUCCAGAAACUUUAGAUAACUAGCUAAUGUGGAAACAUAACCAUUAAUUAGUGGAACAAAUAUCUAGAUAAAUUUAAAGACUUAUCUUGUUUGAUUUUUAUUUGAAUUAAAUUCCUAAUUUCAACAGACUGUGAUUUUAAUAUUGUUGAAAUGUGAAAUAACAUACAUUUUAAAGUGGCCCUUCUACUCUAAGAUGAUUCUCCCUUGCUUGGAUCCUCAGUGCACCUGUCACGUCUGAAGAUGAGAGAAAAAGGAAGGAAAGAAAGAGAAGGGAAAGGCUUUGGGGUGGUUGCUCAGUGCGGGAUCAUGCUGGGCUUGGUUCUGUGUGGUGUUACGGGGUUUGACCGUGACCCGUGAGGCCAGUCGUGGCUUUGGGUCUUGCUAGACUUUCCUUUGCCUGUUAAAGCGUUGAAAUGACUGUUUUAAAUGGAAGUUACUCUGUUGGAACUUGCCAUGAUGUGAUUUUUUUAAUGAAUGUUGCCAGCAUUUCGAGUCUUUGUUUCCUGGGACUGGGCAGUGUCCACUUGGAAUCCAGCAUGCCGUUUCCUGAUCCUGGAUAGGUCUAAGAUGCACUUGGCUUUCCUCCUCCCAGAGAACUGGCACUUCAGGGUCGAGAGCUUAGCAUUUCACUUCUCAGUGACUAAUUUCACGCCUUUUACCUUUUGUGAACUUCAGUGUCUUCCAUCAGAGGGACUCGCAGCCAGUCUGGACCUGGGAGUGCUUUUUUGCUCUCAGAAUGAACACGACUUCUGAGCAGCCCUAGAGUCUCCAGAGUUGGAAUCCACAAUGCAACGAUGUGAUUAAAAUGUAAUGGGAUUUGGAAAAUAAAAGGGCUCCUUAAUUUCUUGGGGCAUUAUCAUUUGUUAA